AUGAAGAGUCUUCAUGACUUCAAAGCUUCCAAGAACCAAUACGUAGCCCAAUUCAAGAAUUGGGGAUGGAGGAAAAACAUCGCUGCCGCCGAAUGGCGAAGCAUCAACAAGACGAUCGUGCGGCGACAUGACAAGGGCCGAAAGAGCAUGGUCUACCUUAACAACGUCCUUGUUCCUGACGCAAAAGUCAGAAAGGAAAUCUCGAGGAACGUCCUACUAUCCUCUCAACUUGCUCAAGUUCCAAAUACUCCCCCGCCUAUCCCAGACAUUCAAAUUCGAACUCCGCCUUCAACACCCUCUGCGAACUUUACGACCGAUGUAUCGCAUAACCCCACAAGCAUCUCUGCUUUGGUCCAGAUGAAACGAAAACGAAGCUUGCAAAUAGAUAUCGAGCCCACAGGGUCCAAGGUCCAACGCAUCUCAGUACAACACCGGUCGGUGCGGGAACAAUCCUUUCAGCAGGUCUUUUCGGCUACGGGUCUAUUAGCAAACGGAGGAGAUAAACUUCCAUAUUUCGAGUUUCAAGACCUGUUUAGGUCUUUGAACCUUGCCGAUACAUUUUCUAAGGGCAUGUUCUUUGACCAAGUCCCAUCCCCAUCCAUAGUUCCCUCCGAUCCUCUAUUUUUGUUAGACAUCGCGAAGUCUGAAUGUAGCCUGGAUUACGGUUGCGAUAAUUUCGAGUCCGAGGGUACCAUGGAACAAAAUUCGAAACAAAGAGGCAUCGGUCAUUUCUACAAAUCUUUUGCCAAUUUGUUGAUACCACAGGCAGGAAACCAAGACCAACUGGAUGCCAAUAAACGGCUUCAAGAGAAGCUUCCAAUGUUGUUGGAAAACAUGCCCGAGAGAUAUUCAGGAGAACGCCAAUUCAUCUUGGAGACCCUACUAGAUUGGAUAGUCAAGACCAUUCCUUUCGACGCCCUGGGAAAUGUUUUACGAACGAAACUUCCAACUCUUCAGGCAUUCCAGUGCGCGUUGUUUUUAUACGGUAUCAAGAUUAGCUCGAUUCGCCUCGUAUCGGAUCUGUUGGAUCUGGACGUUGGACUAAAGGACUUUGUUCGUACUUCAGAUGAGGUUCUUAAGAAAGCUAUCCUUGCAGGCAAUACCGAAAUCGUUGAACUUGUCCUGAGUCUGGGUGAAAUCAAAUAUCAUCUGUCGGGUCGUGACACGCCAUGGAGGCGCAGUCUAGUUCAAGGCACGUUUUCGACGGGAAUUGCUCGACUCCUGGUGGGCGUGGGUGCCGAUGUGUGUGGGGAAGUCGCUCCAUUUCGGAAUAGGUAUGCCAGGUUCCCACUUGCGGCUGCGAUUUACAGGGGCGACUACGAACUCACCCAAUAUUUGCUGGGUGUUGGAGCAGACGUCAAUCCUGAGGAUCCCUUGUUAGAAAUGGCCGUGGCCACUGGUGAAGUCAAUCUUCUUCGCCUGCUUCUAGACCAUGGCGCAGAUGUUAAUGCAGUCGGUGAUAGUCAUGACUUUCGUACGACAUACUAUACAUUUGGUAGUUUCAGAGGUCCUCGUAUGGUUGGAACAGCACUUCAGGCUGCUGCUGCUAGAGGGUACAUCGAAAUGGUGGAGUUGCUUCUCCAAGCUAGCUCAGCAAUCAAUGAGCCUGCACAUGGCGCGUACGGAAAGACAGCUCUCUAUGCAGCAGUAGAUGCUGGCUUUAGAAACAUAGUGGAGCUCCUUCUUCAACUAGGAGCCACAGUCGAUGCUCCAGGAACAUAUUCCCCCGAGUAUCCACGUACGGCACUGCUAAGAGCAGUUGAGACCGACAAUCUUGCUAUACUUAAAGUCUUAUCAGAGUUUGGCGCUGACCCCAACGCUCCUGCCUUUGGCUAUUAUGGAGCAACAGCACUUGAGGCUGCAAGGGCACACAAAAAUGGAACUGGAAUUGUUUCUUGUUUGCUGCUCGCAGGUGCAAUCGAUGAGAUCAGACAUCACGAUCCAGUCAGACUCCGGUACAUGAAAGUUCAGCUUGUGCAGGCGAUUAUUCGCGGCGAUGUCGUAAAUAUCUAUCACCUGCUGCAAAUGGGAACAGAGAUCGAUAUGGUGCCUGUUGAAUAUGGCGAUUGGUACGAAGAGGGGAAUGAUCCAUGGAAUAAUACAUAUAAACGUUCGUGGAAUGAUAGAAGACCCGAAUUUUGGACCAGGGCUACAAUUCUACAUUGGGCAAUAGCUUCUGAAAAUAUUAAUUCUGAAGUUUUCGGACAUUUGGUAGGACAAGUCAAUAACUUGGAUGAGCAGCAUUAUAUCAACACGCUGGAGCCAGUUCUCCACGAAGCGGUUUGCCGCGGAAGGAUUAAUUUCGUGGGAAUCUUGCUGGAUGCUGGGGUAGAUAUUGACUUGGUAUCGAGGGUGACGGAACUAGGCCCUUCCUAUCGUAAGGAUAGCGUGCCAACAGCAUUGCACAUUGCUGCCCAUCAAAGAGACUUGGACUUGGUAUCUUUGCUGCUAGACAGAGGCGCAGAUGUUAACCUCACAUCCCUGGACGCCCACACUCCAUUGCAACUAUUUUUGCUUCGCAAUCGCAACCAUGAUGACGUUGAUAGUCUACGGUUCUUGGAUCUCUUUGAGCUUUUCAUAAGUCGUGGUGCUGACGUCAAUGCACCGCCCCCAGCCACUAAUUUUGGGAGUACUGCGUUACAGAUAGCAGCCAGCGGAGAUAAUAGUGCGCAAGAAAACAUGGUACUACGCCUUCUGACUUUGGGGGCAAACGUAAAUGAUCCUGCUGCCGAGAACAAUGGUGAUACGGCUCUGCAGGCUGCUUCUUGGCGGGGCAAUUUGGACAUAGUAAUUAUGCUGCUGGAUCAUGGUGCAGAGGUGAAUGCUCCAGGCUCACGGGGGUAUGGAACAGCUCUUCAGCGUGCGUCAGCGCUUGGCCACAUCAAGAUUGCUCAGCUUCUCCUCUCUAAAGGUGCAGAGGUGAAUGCUCCAGGCUCGCAUAGGGGUGGCACAGCUCUUCAGCUUGCGUCAUGGGGUGGCCACAUCAAGAUUGCUCAGCUUCUCCUCUCUGAAGGUGCAGAGGUGAAUGCUCAACUUCGACACUCGGGGUUCUAUUGCAGGACAGCACUCGAAUGUGCGGCUCGAGGGGGGGGGCUGGACAUGGUACAGCUGUUAAUCAAUUCUGGUGCCGAUUGUAACAUGCCUUUAAAUAAAAGAUAUGUUUGGGCUUUAAAAUACGCCAAAAACGAAUAUUCGAACAUGGGGCUUGUCUCGCUGCUCCAGAAACAUAGGGACAGAGCGCUGGAAGAAUGGAACAAGAUGAGAGUAUUCGAAGUGCACCCAAGAGGGAAUCUUGAAGACGGCCCAAAUGAUUUCGACAACUCUUCCUCCGACUACAGUUCUGAAAGCGAUUACGACAGCGAGCUGGAAGAUGUAGUCGACGAGGGUGUCGAGGAAUAA